GAAGCGCAGAUGCACUCUGCUAUGCCUGCUCCGCCGUGGCAGUAGGAGGGGUCGUAGUGACGCUGUUAUCCAAUGGGCACAGGCUUCCUCUGGACUGAGCGCAGCAUCUUUCUCAGCGGCACUUUUGCGCCAGACAAGUAGGGACGGUCUCUCACUCAGCACCCGAGAAGAACACACAGGGCUCCGGGAAUUACUGAGGUGUAUUUGGCGAAGAAGACUCAUCUCUUCUCCCUUUUUUUUCUAACGCGGUUUUGCAAAGAUGAACGUUGGCUGCGUCAUCCUGGCGUGCACCUUACUUGUGGGCGCAUCCUCGGGGAGUAAGGCAAGCCAGCCCCUCAAACCCCCAUGCAGACCAGGCUUCUCCCAGAACUUCUACACAGUGAUUGUCUCGAGAGAUGUGCUGCACGGCCAGAGCAUUCUCAAAGAUACCACCCUGUCCAGCGAACGUGUGAAGUUCGAGGAUUGCCAGCACAGCCGAGAGGUGGGCUUUGUCAGCAACGACCCCAACUUCAGCGUGAGGCCUGAUGGAACGGUGUAUGCCGAGCAGGAGGUGGCCAACCUGUCUGAGCCUGUCCAGUUCAUGGUGACGGCCCGGGGGCUCCAUGACUUACACAUCUGGGAGACCACUGUAAAGCUAGCACUGGCCGGACAUCCUCAUCCUUCAGCCCUGACAAAGGUUGGCAUUGAAGAAAUGCUGUCAAGAGUCUGGGACUUGCAACCCAGAGUUAUCAGGUUUUCUCGAAAACAUCAGAGGAGCUCCUCUGCCAAUGGGCUGAGGCGGCAGAAGAGAGACUGGGUCAUCCCACCUAUCAAUGUGCCUGAAAACUCCAGAGGACCCUUCCCUCACAUGCUUGUCAGAAUCCGCUCAGAUCAGGACAAGGAUGUUGGCAUCCGCUACAGCAUCACAGGAGCAGGCGCUGAUCAGCCCCCAAGUGGAAUCUACAACAUAGACCCCAUCAGCGGCAACAUGUUUGUCACCCAACCCCUGGACAGAGAGGAGAGAGCCUCCUUCCAUCUGCGAGCCCAUGCAGUGGACAUGAAUGGUAACCAAGUGGAGAAUCCAAUCGAUCUGUACAUCUACGUGAUUGACAUGAAUGACAACAGGCCUGAGUUUCAGAACCAGGUGUACAACGGCUCUGUGGCUGAAGGGUCCAAACCAGGCUCCUCUGUGAUGCAGGUGACAGCGACCGACUCAGACGACUCCACCACAGCUAACGGCAUGGUGCGCUACCGCAUCCUCUCGCAGACACCCCACAGCCCCAUCCCCAACAUGUUCACCAUCAACAGCGAGACUGGAGACAUAGUCACAGUGGCAGCAGGCCUGGACAGAGAGAAAGUGUCCCAGUAUACCAUCAUUGUCCAGGCUACUGACAUGGAGGGCAACUUGAAUUUUGGCUUGUCCAACACAGCCACAGCCCUUAUCAGCAUUACCGAUAUCAAUGACAACCCCCCAGAGCUGACGGUCAGAACGUUUUCAGGGGAGGUGCCAGAGAACAAGGUGAAUGUGGUAGUGACCAAUCUGACGGUGGUAGACAGGGAUCAGCCCCACAGUCCGAACUGGAACGCCGUCUACCGUAUUGUCAGCGGAGACCCCUCUGGACAUUUCACUAUCCGCACCAACCCCAUCACCAAUGAGGGCAUGCUGACAGUGGUCAAGCCGGUGGAUUUUGAGAUGAAUCGUGCCUUCAUGCUGACUGUGGUGGUGUCCAACCAGGCCCACCUGGCCAGCGGCAUUCAGUCCUCGCUUCAGUCCACCGCUGGAGUCACCAUUUCAGUUCAGGAUGUGAAUGAGCCACCGGUCUUCCCCGUCAACCCCAAGACGAUCCGCUUUGAGGAGGGUGUGCCCGCAGGGACCACUCUGACUGUGUUUGCUGCUCAGGACCCUGACCACUUCAUCCACCAGACUGUCAGGUACUCCAAGCUGUCAGACCCAGCUAACUGGCUGAAGAUCAACAGGACCAAUGGUCAGAUCACCACCAUGGCCCUGCUGGACCGAGAGUCCAUGUACGUCAAAAACAAUGUGUAUGAGGCCACAUUCCUAGCAUUCGACAAUGGUAAGUCGGGCUCGCCUCAAGCCAGUGGGACCGGCACCCUCCAGAUCUAUCUGAUCGACGUAAACGACAACGCACCCGUGCUGAUCCCCCGGGAGGCCCAGGUGUGCGAGCGUGCUCGCCCCAACUCCAGGAUCAACAUCACAGCCUCUGACGCUGACGCCGACCCCAACGUAGGGCCCUUUGUCUUCGAGCUGCCUUCUUUUCCUGCCAGCGUUCGCCGCAACUGGACUAUUUCCAGACUCAGCGGUGACUACGCUCAGCUGAGGCUAAGGAUCCCUUAUCUGGAGGCGGCUGUGUACGAGAUCCCCAUCAUCGUGUCGGAUUCGGGGAACCCUCCUCUGUCCAACCGCUCAGUGAUUAGAGUCAAAGUUUGUCCCUGUGAUGAUAACGGGGACUGCAGCGCCACAGGGGCCGUGGCAGCUGCCGGCCUCGGCACUGGGGCCAUCAUCGCUAUACUCAUCUGCAUCAUCAUACUACUCAGCAUGGUUCUGCUGUUUGUGGUGUGGAUGAAGCGCAGAGAGAAGGAGCGGCAGGCAAAGCCCCUGCUGAUCGACCCCGAGGACGAUGUCAGGGACAACAUCCUCAAGUAUGACGAGGAGGGAGGAGGAGAGGAAGACCAGGACUAUGACCUGAGCCAGCUGCAGCAGCCCGAGUCUUUAGACCACAUCGUCAAUAAGCCAGCAGGGGUGCGCAGGGUGGACGAGAGACCUGUGAUUGCUGAGUCGCAGUACCCUGUCAGACCCAGUCUGCCCCACCCUGGAGAUAUAGGAGACUUCAUCAAUGAUGGUCUGAGGGCAGCAGACAACGACCCCACAGCUCCUCCCUACGACUCCCUGCUCGUGUUCGACUACGAGGGAAGCGGUUCAACCGCCGGCUCCGUCAGCUCACUCAACUCCAUCAGCUCGGGGGACCAGGACUAUGACUACCUCAACGACUGGGGCCCUCGCUUCAAGAAGCUGGCCGACCUCUACGGUGGAGGGGACGAUGACUGAGAGCGGAGAAGGGGGCUGGGUGGGGCUGUGGCAGGGGGUUCUGGAGAGGCGGGGGUCAGUUGGAUGGAUGCUCCUAGAAACCCCGGGGAGGGGCCAAGAACAUAGCGCAGGGUCUAUGGUAGACAUGUGAGGAACAGACCCUUACAUGGGCAUUGUUAGUUUGCUCACAGCAACCGAGCCCGCAAACAUGAAAUCAGCUGCAGCGCAACUGUAUUCUGGCUUUAUAUUUUUUAGUGGCGAGUUUGUAGUGUGACGUUAUUUUUUUUUGUCUUUUUGUUGUUCUCUCACCGUGCUGGACCCGGAGCUCUCUGGGGAUGAAUCAAGGCGGUCGUGAGAGACACGAGUAGUGAAUUUGUGCUUUGAUUGAUUGUUAAAACAAAACCGUCUUUUGCUUUAGUCUCACACUGAAGAGAAUGUUUUUGGGGAAGACGCUCUCUGACUCUCUCUUUCACUCUGUCAACUUGAAUUUCCUUAGAACAGAAGCACUGUCAUUUUAUAAAGUGCCUUUUGUGAUGUGUUUUUGUAUCAGACUCCUGCUAUCUCAGGAUCGGUUGCCAUUCGUGCAGUACAGUGGAGGCGCGUUCUCUCGUCGCCCCCCCUCCCUGCGCUCCUCAAACCAGCCCUGCCUGUCACUCUCCUCUCCCCCUUCACAGUGGUGCAGAUGAACAACCCCAGCAGCCAAUCCCAGGAGGGAAGGACACAACCAGGGCAGACUAUCGGAUAUCACAACCCAAUGAAUUAUGGCCCAAAAGAAGCCAAUAAGAGUUGUUGUGGGGAAGACAACCCUCUUCUCCAAGGACCUGCUCAGUUUCACAAACAUCACCUGUCGACACGCUGACAUUGUGUGAGACCAUUUUUAUACAUGUGGGGGUUUUCUAAUUUAGUGGAGAAUGCCUGCCUUUCCUCUCUGGACUCAUGAGUUUAGGAGCCUUUAUGUUGAGACGCUUGCCUGCCCUGUACGGUUUUGUGUUGCUUUCUCCACAGUGUAAAGCUUAUGUAGGCAUGAUCUGACUAGUCAGACAGUGUAAGAACGUGGAACUUGAAAUGACUUGGAACAAAGGCAUCUGAGAAAGAUUUCUUUUGUGUCGCCUUGAACAUUCCCGUUUUUUAUAGGCCAACAAAACUAUUAAAAGGUGCAUGAUUUUUUUUUCAAAAUGUUUUACUUAAAGCACUUGUUACUAUGUGGUGAGAAUGUGAAAAUAGUCAGCAGAAACUAUAUAAAUAUACUCUGUAUAAAGACACUGAGAAAAUAAAAAUACUGUAAGAUACCUAUUUUUGAAGUAUUGAUGACAUAAAAGUUGCUGCUCUUUCUCUAGCUCUUCACUGGGCUUAGGGGAUUUUUGGCCCUUUCAUUUUUAAUAUGUGGAUAUUAUUGUUUUUUUGUCUUCUGUUUUUAAGCAUAAUUCCAUUUUUUAAGAUGCCUGCUUAUUCAUAUUUUGCUUUUCUUUUCUUUUGAGAUUGUUUUUUAAAAACGCUUUGUUAUACUCCUUUUAUAUGUGAAAACACAGCCUUCCCCUUUCACUCUGUAUUGUCUCUGACAGACAUGUCCCUCCUGUUGGCCUCUGGCCUCAGGACAGUGGAAGGUUCAUUAGCCAUGCCUGCUGAUAGUUGUUCUAUUAUUCAGUGUCCAGGAGUUCUUUUAUUCAUUCAUCUAGAUACUGGAUGUGUGCUUCAGAAAAUAAACAAGACAUGUUUUGAAAAUGUGCCAUCUUUUUUUAAUAUUCUCUACAUGCAUCAUCUUCAGGUGAAUGCUAAACUGUGACACAGGUUGGUCCAAUAGUGGUCAUUUCAAAUAUAAUGGGCCUCUGUCGUCUUUAAAACUACAGCUUUAUCUCGACUAGCCUAGACUUAAAGCCGCUGUGUGUUGGAUUGAAUGUGUCUGAUAUUUUACGCCCCCCCUCCCCCAGCGGUAGUAUUAGUAAAGAUACUGUGGCCAACAACAAUGCAAGUUUCCAGCCCCCCCCCCCUGGAUCCGCUGAUGAUCAAUGAGUUGAAAAGCAACUACGAUCGUCUCAUUUAUGCCACCAGAAUCCCUUACAAUAUGUUAUAGUCAAAUAAGAAUUCUACACAUACUGGCUUUAUUGUCACUGCUUUUCCACCUUUAUUUGUUCAUGCAAUGGUUGGUUUGUAUUUGCACAUGAAUGGUUGCACCUUCUUCAUUUUUUUAUGGAAUCAUGUAUUUUUAAGUGUUGGGAAAAACAGACUCUCUAUGCAGUUAUGCAGUUAAUCUUUGGCCCUAUUGUUUGGAAAUGGUUUCAUUUUCUAAUAAAACACCCACUAUUUGUCUUUUAUUGCAUACCAGAAGAAGGAGUAGGAGAGCAGUGUAUGGGGUCAGGAAGUAUAUUUGUGUCCAUUCCUGUGAUUUCAAUUAGUCAGCUGAAGCGCCAAAAAACCCACUGGGGACUUAAAGGGAUUUAAUCCUCUCCGGCUGUGUGUCUAUCAAUUAGCCACACCAUUAAUCCCCACGGCGUAAUCUCAUUAGAUAGAGCGCCUUUAAUGAGACACCCAGAGAGAAAGCAGAGAGGCAGGCAGUAAGAGAGAGGGAGAAAAAUGAGGUGGUGGCAAGAUGCAGGUAGGCCGUGUGGAGAGGUGAUUAGUAGGAUGGAAGAGAGGGGUCAGCAGAGGGGCGGGGGGGAAGGGUGGUGAGGAAAUGAGAUUCAAGCACAGCAGGGACAAUGCAUAACAUUUAUAAAAUGGCUUGAAAAAAAGGUUAAAUAUGAGGUAGAGAAAUGGAGUGCUACUUAAUUGUGUGUUAUCCACUGCGUCCAGAAAUUAGAGGAGUGGGCAAUGGAGAGGUACAGAAAACAGGUCAGGGUGAGCAGAGCUGAUGGAGCAUACUGGAGUGUCCCAGUAAUGAGAACAUUCACUAAUAAACCUAAAUUAACCUUUACUGUAGUACAAUAGUGAAUUGUGCUUUGGACGUGGCAGAAUUGUGGACCUAUGUUAGUAAGAGAGCCAUCAAAGGUUGGCGCCACUGCUCUGAAAUAAUAAUCAAGUUGGUAAAAGGUCAUCUUGGCCAUAACCAGUUAACAGAUAAGGAGAUUAACUUCAGGGAAGGUUUCUUUGAUGGGCUUAGCUGAACUUCACUUGGUUUCCCAGUGUCAGAUAGGCACAGUGACAGAAGAAAGCAAACUUAAGUUAUCCCCUUUAUAAAUGGCAUAUAUAGACUGAAAGCUUUGCUGCUGGCUUGCAGCCAGUGCCCUGUGUGUUGUAAAUAAAGUUCUCCUCUUCAAACAUG